UCCAUCAACCAAUCUUUAUCUUGGUAGACUUGGCUCCUGUCCAAAGUCAACGCUCUCAACAUCACAGGCAUCCAUCGAACAAUCCCUGAUAAAAUACCAGCUUUCCCAUUUGUUUUUUCGGGCAACAGGCAGCGUUUCUCCUCUAUGAACAUGGGGUCGACCGGAGGAGAACCAGCAUGGCCUGAAUUGCUAGGAAGGAACGGUUGGGAAGGCCUUCUUGAUCCAUUGGAUGAUAGUCUCAGGGGCCUGAUUCUUCGCUGUGGCGAUUUUUGUCAGGCAACCUAUGAUGCCUUCAACAAUGAUCAGAAUUCCAAGUUCUGCGGCAGCAGCAGGUAUGGCAAGAAAUCAUUUUUUGAAAAGGUCAUGUUGGAAUCAGGAUCAAAUUACCAAGUUAUUGGUUUCAUCUAUGCCACGGCUCAAAUAGGUGCACACAAGGCGAUUUUUCUCCGCUCAUUGUCCCGCGAAUCCUGGGACCGUGAGUCCAAUUGGAUUGGCUACAUUGCUGUCACAACAGAUGAAUACAGCCAAGCCAUAGGCCGAAGGGAAGUUUACAUAGCAUUUCGCGGGACAACAAGAAAUUACGAAUGGAUCAACGUGUUAGGUGCAGGGCUUAAGUCUGCAGAGCCACUCUUACGUCCAAAAGCUUGGAAAAAAAGGGAAGAUGGAAGUGUAAGCACCAGUGAUAGCGAUGGAGAUGAUGAGGAGAAGAUGCCAAAAGUUAUGCAGGGUUGGCUCAAGAUUUAUGUUUCCAGUGAUCCGAAAUCGCCUUUCACAUAUCUAAGUGCCAGAGAACAGCUUCUGGCCAAGAUUGAAGAGCUGAGAAACCUAUAUGAAGGUGAGGAUUUGAGCAUUACUUUUACUGGGCAUAGUCUUGGAGCAAGUUUAUCAAUUUUAGCUGCUUUUGAUCUGGUUGAAAAUGGGCUUCACGACAUCCCUGUAGCAGCAAUUGUUUUUGGUAGUCCGCAGGUGGGAAACAAGACGUUCAAUAACAGAUUGAAGCAAUUUCCAAAUCUUAAAGUCCUCCAUGUCAGGAACAAAAUCGAUUUAAUCCCACACUAUCCGAGCCAUUUGCUGGGGUAUCAUAAUUCAGGAAUCGAGCUAGUUAUCGAUACUAGAAAAUCGCCGUUUUUGAAAGACUCGAAAAAUCCUAGUGAUUGGCAUAAUUUGCAGGCAAUGCUACAUGUUGUAGCUGGUUGGAAUGCAGCUCAUGGAGACUUUGAACUGAAGGUAAAGAGGAGCUUGGCUUUAGUAAACAAAUCUUGUGGAUUUUUGAAGGAUGAAUGUUUGGUCCCAGAAAGUUGGUGGGUUGAAAAGAACAAAGGAAUGGUGCUUGGUGAAAAUGGAGAAUGGAUUGUUGCAACACCUGCAGAUGAGGACCUACCAGUCCCUGAACAUUGAUGUAGAAUCCCCAUAAAGAUUAGAUUUGAGUGGCUACUAAUGAAUAUAAUUUGUUCUUUUGCUUUUUCUUUCUUAGUGGUUUCUACUAUUGCGCCUUUGUGUA